CAAUGAAGGAAAAUUAGUAAGUACAGAUAAGAAAAACUCCCAAAUGCGUAAGAAAUAUACAUAUACAUACAUAUAUAUAUACAUACAUAUAUAUAUAUAAAACACAUCUAUGGAGAUUGUGGUUAGGAAUGGAAGGACAGGUGCGAUGCCAUCCUUUUUGCAUUUCUGAGAGGCUUUUAGAUUUUACAAAGUACUUUCACAAACCUUACCUCACUUGAUCCUUUAAAAUCCAAGGUCACACAGCCAAGCCGUGAAGGCAGGACUGAAAACUAGUUCUUGGCUCCAAAUUUUUAGCUUUCAUUUUAACAUUUUCUAAAUCCUCUCCCAUGUGGGUUUAGUUCAGCUUAGAUUGUCUGUUUUUGAAUUACAAAAGUAAUUCAUAAACUCGAGGGUACAUUAACCAUUUAGGGUACUGUUGGGUACCCUAGCUUUGGAGUCGGGCGGAUCUGAACCUCGGCUCCACCCUUCCUUUUGGGUUAUUGUGAGGAUUCAGAGACGAGGCCAGGAAAAUCCUGAGCCCGGGGUAGUUAUUGUUAUUAUAUUUACAGUUAAGAAAGCGCAACCAACUCAGCAAAAAGAAAAUGCACGUUUCUUGUUCAAUGUCGCGAACAUGUUCACACAACAUAUUUUCCGGAAUACAACACUUGGAUGAGAUCAGAAAGAACGUGACGACCUUCGUACAAGGAAAAGAACUCCACGCUGCAGAAGACCAGUUUGCGGUCCUCGUCAAAGGCGUCCGGCGCGUCUUGGGGAAAGGGGCGGAGCUUUCGCCCGGCUGGAGCGGACGCUGGGGGCGGUACCUGCGUUGGGGCGGCCGUGACGUAACUCCUCCCACAGCGUUGGCGCGAGAUUCGAACGUCGGCAGAGGUGAUGUGGCCAUUCCGUGAGGCGUUCGUGUCCUCAGCCCAGUGUCCGGAUGGCUCGGCCUCCUGAGCGGCCAUGAGGCGCCGAGACCCCGAGGAGGAGGCCUGCGGCGUGUGGCUGGACGCGGCGGCGCUGAAGAGGAGGAAAGUGCAGACACAGUUAAUCAAGUCAAGCACCAAAAUGCUAACACUCUUUCCUGGAGAGAGAAAGGCUAAGAUCUCUUUCCCUCAAAGAACUCCACCUGCGGGCGUUCGGCAGACCAGCAUUGUUUCCUUCUUCACUUUGCAGCCAGGAAAGACAAAUGGUGAUCAGAGGAGUGUUUCAUCUCGUAUACAAAGUCAGACCAACAGAGAGUCUAAGAAAGAUGCAAUCCAGCUAGACCAUCUGAUCCAGGGCUGGGGGGAUGAUUGCGUGGCACCCCCUUUAGCCACCUCAACCCCUGCAGACAUCCGGGAAGCUGGGCUUUCUCCUCCGUCCCUCCAGGCUUCUGGCCACCACAGAGUGGGAUCCCCAUUCUUGACUGGGAUGCCUUUGUUAAACCAGCCUGACACCUUAGUCUGUGCUGGAGAGAGUCAAGACUCACUGGCUUGUUCCUUUACCCAGGACUUGGAAAGUUCUUGCUUGCUGGACCAAAAGGAGGGAGAAAAGGAUUCUUCCCAGAAGAGGAAAUGGCUUCAUGGAUCUAAGAAAAAUAACUGUCAGGGUAUGGAGAGACGUGGUAAACCACCUGGGGGCAGGGGCCAUCAGCCCUUGGACAAGACUAAACUGGAAAAGGUGUCUGCCAAAGAAAAUAGGCAGUCCCCUAUCCUUUUUCAAACAUACAGGGAUCCCUGGAGCGGAGAAAACACAGAAGCAGUGAAACAAAGCUCCUGUGCUGUUCCUGUCUUUUCCUGGGACAGUGAAAAGAAUGACAGGGACUCCUGGAGUCAGCUUUUCACUGAGGAUUCUCAGGGCCAGCGCGUCAUUGCCCACACCUCUAGAGCUCCUUUCAGAGAUGUAACUAACAGUCGGAAUCAGGGCUUCGAGCAGUUUCCUAGCAGCCCUUGGGCUCAGUUCCAGGAUAGGCCCAGUCAGUUAAACCUGCAGCCUGAUGUGCUCUUUACCGCGGACUCUGAAGGUAAUCAAGUUAUCAGGCACCAAGUCUAAAUGUCUUUGAGGGUUUGGUUCUAAAAGUACCUUGAAAUGACAGCCAUAAGGAAAUGUCUUGGCGGGGUAUGUGUGUUGGGGGGAGUGUGUUUGGUUAGGAGGGAGGUAUGGGGAUGAAGCUCUUAUUAUUGAGCACUUUCUUCGUGUAGAUAAAGCAGAUGGAGACACUUGUUGAGACGAUAUGGUUGGCACAUGUCUUUCCCUGAGGAAGACGUGGCUGGUAUAUUCCGUGUGAGUCUGGUACACUGAAGAGGAAGGGCAGGCACUCAUCCUUCCACGAGAGCCUGUGAGUCAGCUGGCACGAGCCACUUCUGUGCUCUUUCAGAUGCCUGACUGGAACAUUGCUUCUUAUAGGUGUGUAGACUUUUAAUCUCUGCUGUCAUCAUACUUACUCAGCCUAAGUUUGGGACGAUUACUCCUGCCACGUUUUUGAGUGAUAAGUCAAAUCUCCCUAACUUGGGUAUGGGGGGCGGGGGGUAGAAGGUAGAAUGGUGGCAGUUUUAUUUAUUUUUUGUGGUACUUUACAGCAUUUUAGAGUUAUGUAUUAUGUUUAAACAUCUCUCCCUUAACAAGCCUGAGCUUGAUGUGACCAUAUCUACUACAAGGUGGGAGAGAACUCCCUUUGUAAAACUAAAGUCCAAAUAAAUGACUGUUUACAAAGCUGGCUCU